CUAGAAACUUAAACAAAAUGGUGGAUAGCAGCACAAACAUGUCUUCUUUGCUGUUUCUCCUUUUUGUUAGCUGCAUAAGCUUAACCUUUAAAUUGUGCUAUGCUGAUCCCGUUCCAGUUGUUAUAUGGCAUGGAAUGGGGGAUUCAUGCUGCAAUCCUCUCAGCAUGGGGUCAAUUAAGAAACUCAUUGAGCAGAAAGUUGGUGGAGGAAUUUAUGUAAAGUCAUUGGAAAUUGGCAACAAUAUAGUUGAGGAUACAGAAAAUGGGUUUCUAAUGAAUGUUAAUCGACAAAUUGAUAUUGUCUGUGAUCAGUUAAAAAAAGAUCCAAAACUACAGCAAGGUUAUAAUGCACUUGGUUUUUCACAAGGAGGCCAGUUUCUACGAGCUAUCGCACAAAAGUGUCCCACUCCACCAAUGUUUAAUUUAGUUUCAUUUGGAGGACAGCAUCAAGGUGUAUAUGGAUUCCCUCAUUGUCCUGGAGAGAACCAGACACUUUGUGACUUUGUCCGGAAGCUUUUAAACAGAGGUGCAUACAUUCCAUGGAUUCAAAAUUUCCUUGUGCAAGCAGAAUAUUGGCAUGACCCAUUGAAUGAGGCAGAGUACAGAAACAAGAGUGUAUUUUUGGCAGAUAUUAACCAAGAACGAAAAUUUAAUGCUACUUACAAGACAAACCUCCUGAAGCUCAAGAACUUAGUUCUUGUCAUGUUUGGUGAGGAUACAAUGGUGGACCCAAAGGAAAGUGAGUGGUUUGGCUUCUAUGUUGAAGGUCAAGGUAAAACACUCUACAACAUGACACAAAGCAAAUUGUACCAGCAGGAUUUGAUUGGACUGAAAGAACUUAAUGAAAGUGGUCGUCUUACCCUACUUUUAUCUCCUACUGAUCAUCUCCAGUUUACAGAUAUUUGGUUUGAGGAUAACAUUCUUCGCUUCCUAAAAUAAUCUUAAAAUUGUACUGUUAAUAAAGUGCUCUUCUAUUAAUUAAACAAAUUAGGCUUUUAUUUUUAGAAACUGGUUCAGUUAAAUGAUGAAACUUCAAAUUGUUUAUGAUCAUUUUAGCAAAUAUUAAUUCAAACUUUUGUGUAAAAAAUUUAACACUUUGCUAGCAUCAUUUGGGAGUGUGCCAGUAUUAUAAAACAUUUUUGAAGUAAAUAAAUAUAAUCUAAAUCAAAAAAUGUUUUUGUAUGUUAAAAAAAAAUGUAUAAGAUGCGCUUUAACAUUUUCUUACAAAAACUCUCAUUUUCAAUUUUUUAAAUUUGCUUUUCAUUCAGAUUCCUUGCAAAUCAUGUAAUAUUUUAUUUAUUUUAUCCUCUUUUUUUUUUAAAUUUAAAAAUAACUAUGUUUAUUUAGCAAUGUAUAGAAUUGGUUAAUUUAUUUGAUGUUGAAAUCAUGUAACAUUUAAUAUAUUUUAUCUUUUUUUUUUUAAUUUAAUAAAUAACUAUGUUUAUUUAGCAAUGUAUAGAAUUGGAUAAUUUAUAUGAUGUAAAAAUAUUUUGGUUUAUCAAGAUAAAGUACAGAUAUUUCACAUAUUACAACUCAAGUAUGCUUUGAAUAGGUUUUAAAAUCUUGUGAUAGUUUUUGAGCAAAUAAGCUCAUAAGUUCACUUUAAAUUACUCAAGUUUAUGAGAUUAUUUUACUACAAAAUCACCUUGAUAAAUGGCAAUCAUACACCUAUAAAAUGAUCAGGUGGUUAAACUUUAAUAGCUUUUUUAAUUUUUUUGUAAUCACUACUGAAAAAUUUAAUUGAAUAAUCACAAAAAUAUUAUUUUCAGUCAUUUAAAAAAAAAUCUACUUAAUGUUAUUUAAUUUAAGUCAUAAUCACUUUUUGAUCUCCGUGUUUGUUUCAUGCUGGUAUGUAAUUUCCUUAAAUAAAACCUUUAUAAUUUUUAA